CUGAAAUCUCUCACCGGAUUCAGUGUCUUUUGGAACAGAGGACUGAAUUCGGUUUGUAAGACAAACGGUCUUGUCCAUAUUGCGUGGAAGGGAAUCGGCUGUUAUCUGUUGCGUGCAAAUUUCUUACUAUUGAUCUUACAAUUUCAUCUUCUUACUAAACACAGUUUUUGGCUGGUUGUCAGUUCCCUGUGGAACCCGCGCUACUCCGCUUGAGAGUUGUCUGCGUGAGCCAGUAUCUCUUGUCAGUUUCAGUUUCUAGUUUUAUACUCGCUAUCAUUUCUACAAGUUUUACCUCGACCCUACCGCCCGGUUUAACUACAUCACAUCCAUGCACCAUCAAGACCACGUUAUCCCUCAAUCCAACAUGCCUCCUGCUCGUUCACCUCAAAUCGACCCCGCUUUAUCGCUCUACCCUCCCUACUACCCAUAUCAGCAGCCUCAGCAACACAUGAACCACCAUCUCACAGUUCCUCAGAACUUACCUUCUCCCUCAUCCCAAGGAUCGGACACUAUGGGAACACCGCCGACCGACAACGUGUCUUACUCACCUGGCAAUUCAAACGGUAAAAGACCUUCCUCUUCCCUGGUCGGUGCGAUGGGCGAGAACAGCAGAAAAAAGGCACGGUCAGAAGACAGCUUGGACGGUCAAAGUCCUACUGCUGAUGAACCGAAGCCAAAGACCACCAGAGGUUCACGCGCGUGCACAGUAUGUCGGCGUUUGAAAAUGAAAUGCGUCGGGGCAGAGCAGGGCCCUCCCUGCAAACGCUGCAUUGCUGGAAAUCACGAGUGCAUAUUCGAAGAGUCUAAUCGAGGCAAACGCUCCACCAAAAAACAUGAGCUCCUCACUCGCUCACUAAAGAAGAUGGAGAAAACUCUGGACACAGUUUUAAAAUCGAUCGGUAAUCCGAGCAUGGUUUCUGGCAUGGUAUCGAGGUCGCCUUCACCCACAAGUCAAGCAGCGCAAACACAGGCCCUUAUGGCAACUCCAUCGCCUCCUCCCCAGUCUGCUUAUCCGACAUCAUCGAGUGCCAAUGCCUCUGCUUCCCCAAAGCUCCAUUGCCUUCCCGAUAACUCACUUAACCCUCUCGGGCUGCUGGCCGAGGCAAGUUUGGCAAAUCGACGUGCUCAGGGCAUAUCAUCUUCGUUCUCAGCGCGCCCAGCGGAACCUGAUCCUGAUCACAAAUUGGGCGUGGCUAGUGAUAAUUACUUUAGGCCAGGCCCAAUGACCAUACUUCCCCUGCGACGUUUGUAUAUCGAACGGCAGAUUCAGCCGGAAAUGUUGAGCUUUGUUACCACCGAGCAAGUGGUGGCGCUGUUUGAUAUCUACUUUGACAAUAUGAACGUGCACAGUGAACUCCUUGAUAGAGAGUUCCACACACCCUCGCUUGUCUGUUCCCGCUCGCCAUUUUUACUCACGACCAUUUGUGCGAUAUCAUCCAAAUUUUACACCCAGCGGCCGGAACUUCAUCAGCAACUUGCGGAGCUCGCACAAAAGCUCGCGUUUAGCGUAGCCGCAAGAGGUUAUAAAUCCCUUGAGAUCGUGCAGGCAUAUCUCCUCCUCACUCUCUGGGGAUGCGGUGCCGUGGAGCGCUAUGAGUACGACAAGACGUGGUUGUUGUUGGGAAUAGGCAUCAGGAUGGCGACGGAUCUGAACCUACAUCGGAAGACAACGAUGACCAGCCAAGAUACGCCAGAAGGUCGGGCUCGUGAUAAGGAGGUCCACAACCGUGAGCGAACAUGGCUCCUGUGCUUUGCCCUUGACAGGAGCGUGAGUUCGCAAAUGGGAAAGCCUCAUUCUAUCAAAGAGGACUUUGUAAUCCGCAAUGCACUGCAAUGGUUGAAAUCCCCCGUUGGACAGCCAGGGGACACGGCGUUAGCGGCAUAUGUCGAAUUGCAGCGGAUUGUAUCCAGGAGUUUAGACUUCCUGUAUUCGGGCACCAAUACCCCGUCCGGUUUACAGACCGACUGUGAUUACCUGAUUGUCACUAAAACUAUCGAGACCCAGAUACUUGCAUGGCAACAUGAAUGGACGGUCGUUCGACCUCUGCCAACCUCCGAUCAACUGGCGGUGGCACAAUCCCGAACGUUGCUCAAGUUUUACUUCCACUACUAUAUGCUGGUUGUGAACUCUUUUGGGCUGCAGAACGCCAUGGAGCAUUCGGCAGUGGAUAUCGGGCACUUCUUCUCGCGGUGUUAUACCUCGGCCACAGCAGUGGCUGUUGUCGCGCGAGACGAGCUAGCGCCAAUGGGUAUGCUGAAGUAUUCGCCGGAUUCACAUUUCGUAUAUAUCUCUUACGCAGUACUCAGUUUACUCAAGCUUAUCCGCCCAGAGUUCCAGCCGUUCAUCGAGAACGAGCAAAACAUCAUCGACCUCGUCAAGGACCUUGCAACUGUCCUCGCAGACAUUGCCGUGAACUCUCAUCAUACCCCAGCGCUGUACAGCACAUUCCUGCGCGCUCUUAUCGCCGCUCGCACAGAUACACCACAAGAGCCCGAGGAAGUGCCAUCUGGAGACCAAUCUGAUAAUAUGAGCCAUGGCGACAUGGCCAACAACAUGAACAAUUCAGCGCUCUUCGCUCACCCGACGAUAGUAAUGAACGGUACUAAUGGCAUGGGCGAUUAUUCGUUCGCGAGUGAGAUGGGCCCCGUUGCGGAUAUUUCGACUUUCCCUCCGACUAUGGCUGAUAUGCCAUCUUCUGACGAACAUAUGGGGAUGCUUUCUAUGGAAAACAUCCUGAGCAACGGGUUCUGGGACAGCGUGUUGGUGCCUGGUUAUUCAGACACUAUGGAAGGCCUAAGUGGCGGCUUCGUGUUCGGAGCUGGAGGCAGUGGGCUCAUCACUCCUGGUUGGCUCCCCUCCCCUAUAGCUUCCCGCGAGAACACCCCAAUGCGACACCCAGCCAUGGACUUUAGCCAACAAAAUCUAGUCAGCGUUUUCCAACAGCGAAAGAGCUAAUUAUGUAAAUGACACGUUUCAUAUUUCAUCUUUCUGUUACAUAUGUUUUUUUUUGGUUGCUAUCGUUCUGCUGAAACCUAUUUGAUGCGUGAUCUACAUACGUAUGUUGUUAGGAUGGUGUUCUUUUUCCUUCGCUGUGCUAUGUUUCACUACAUACUUACUAUUAGGGCGCAAUGUAUAAUUUUUGCAAUUGGUACAUAUCAGUUUCUUGGGAUGAAGUGUUGUUGGGUGAUGGUCUAUAGUUUCAAACCAGCCUGACCACUGAGUACUGAGUACUGAGUACUGAGGAUGCGUGAGGUACAGUCGUACGUGGAGGUCGUCUGGUGCGGUAAUGUACAGUAUUGAUGAGGUGGAAGCAUG